AUGUCUUAUCUGAAUCCGGAUCCUGCAAUAUUCAACCGAUGUCAGAAUUACAUCGAAAGCUGUAAGAAGAGCGAGGAUCCAGUCAUCAAAUGUUCGGAUAAGAACAAUGCCCUCAUUGCAUCAGACACGUACUGCGGUUACAUCAAGUCAACCACUGGACCAUUCGCAGAGUGCAUCAAGAGCGGAAAGGUAGACUGGAAGUCAGCCUUUGCUGCUUGCAAGAUAGAUGCUUGCGCUUUUGUGGACAAACCCGAGUCCAUUAAAGAAGUGAUAUGCGCUGAUGUGGGAGAAUUCGCCAGCGAAUGUCAGUUGAAUGGUUACCAACCUUCGAAGGUUUGGAGAACAACCACAUUCUGUCCAAUGAAGUGCCCUGCUAACAGCGUAUAUGAGUCAAAGAUGCGUCCGUGCCAACCGACGUGUAUCAAGCCCGAACCAAUCUUCUGUGAGGAUGAGUUGAUGGAAGGCUGCAAGUGUAGUAAAGGCUUCAUCCGAGAUGGUGAUUCGUGUGUCCCUGAGCAGUCAUGUGGCUGUUGGGAUGCAGACAAAAACUAUUACACGAUUGGUGAUGAGCGCAUAAGCUCCGACUGCACGACACUUUAUAAGUGUAUCAAAGUAGGAUCAGUCGCCAAGCUAGGGUCCAGUGAGCUUAAACCUUGUGGCAAGGAUGCUGUAUGCAGACCUGGAGACAAAGGGGUAUAUACCUGUGUCUGCAAGAAAAGAUACCAAGGAGAUGGAUUCAAAUGCACGAAACAAUGCACAAAUGUUGCAAAGAGAUGGACGGGGGAUAAAUGUGUCAACCGCUGCGCUCCAGAGGAGAUCUGGGAUAACACCAAGAAAAUCUGCACACCGAGUUGUACUCCACCGAAAUCAUGGGAUCUCAGAUUGAAGAAUUGUACAGAAAAAAUCUGCACCUGCAAGGCUUGGGGAGAUCCCCAUUACCAUCGUUACGACGAUUUUACCAGAAUGAUCGACUUCAUGGGUGUCUGCAAAUAUGUCUUCUCCAAGACGACCAACUCUGACGUCGCGUGUUCCUUCUCCAUUGAGGUGAAGAACGAAUAUCGAGGCAACACAAUUGUGUCUUUCGGUAGGAUGAUGGACCUGAAGAUGGGAGGUUUCGUUGUCAGACUUCACAAGGACGGAUGGACUAGGGUCAGUGGCCUCACACAAAGAAUGCCCUUUAACCUCAAACUCAAAGGCGGACAUACUCUCAGUGCCACAAAAUCUGGAGCCAACGACUUUAAGAUAUCAGUGCCAACCUGUUCCUUCGCUUUGUCAUUCGGUGGUCAAUAUGGAGGUAUUGUGACAUCUCUUGGCCACUGGCAGUAUGGAGGUGCUGGAAAGCUUACUGGAAUGUGUGGUGACUGCGAUGGAAUGGCAGAUGCCUUGACUAGCUUCAAUAAUUAUCAGGUUCCCGAUGACUCGGAUGUGCCAUUAGUUAACUGUAAGAAGAGCGAGGAUCCAGUCAUCAAAUGUUCGGAUAAGAACAAUGCCCUCAUUGCAUCAGACACGUACUGCGGUUACAUCAAGUCAACCACUGGACCAUUCGCAGAGUGCAUCAAGAGCGCAAAGGUAGAUUGGAAGUCAGCCUAUGCUGCUUGCCAGAUAGAUGCUUGCGCUUUUGUGGACAAACCCGAGUCCAUUAAAGAAGUGAUAUGCGCUGAUGUGGGAGAAUUCGCCAGCGAAUGUCAGCUGAAUGGUUACCAACCUUCGAAGGUUUGGAGAACAACCACAUUCUGUCCAAUGAAGUGCCCUGCUAACAGCGUAUAUGAGUCCAAGAUGCGUCCAUGCCAACCGACGUGUAUCAAGCCCGAACCAAUCUUCUGUGAGGAUGAGUUGAUGGAAGGCUGCAAGUGUAAUAAAGGCUUCAUCCGAGAUGGUGAUUCGUGUGUCCCCGAGCAGUCAUGUGGCUGUUGGGAUGCAGACAAAAACUAUUACACGAUUGGUGAUGAGCGCAUAAGCUCCGACUGCACGACACUUUACAAGUGUAUCAAAGUAGGAUCAGUCGCCAAGCUAGGGUCCAGUGAGCUUAAACCUUGUGGCAAGGAUGCUGUAUGCAGACCUGGAGACAAAGGGGUAUAUACCUGUGGCUGCAAGAAAGGAUACCAAGGAGAUGGAUUCAAAUGCACGAAACGUGGUAUGUCGAGCUGUGGCUCGUGGCUUCUUCUCGGACCUAGGAUCGAGUCCAAACCAAGCGGCCUUGGUGGCCUAACCCUAUCUACCGUAGGAGCCACAACUCUCACCACCGGCCCUGAAGGUAUCAACGCAUGGGUUUUCACCGCGCAUAACUACGUUAAGAUAACCAGUGACGGAAAGCUGGAUAUUGAGCGUGAUAGUUUCACAAUCGCGACUUAUCUUUACCAAGACGUGCUUAGAGACGGGCCAAUCGUGGAGUGGAGAGGAAGAGGAGCUUACGGAACUCACAUGUGGAUUCAUGGAGGCAAGCUUUUCACCAACCUGGAUGCCCAUACUGGACACAGCCAUAUGCAAUUUCAUAUUGCUCCACCAACUAAGAAAUGGUCGUUCGUAGGGAUCAGCUACAGUCAACAAACUGGCAAUUUGGUGAUGUGGGUCGAUGGUAAUGUUGUCAUCAAGAAUGUCGGAGCCAUAGGACUCCGAGACAUGUUGGGUGAUUUGUACGUUGGACUCAGACCGGCAAAUGGUGGGUCCAAAUUCACGGGAAAGCUGGCCGGAACAACGCUGAUGAGAUGUGCAGUCAGUGGUAAGGCCCAGAUCGAGGAACUUAGGAAGCUGAUCAUAAGUAGAGCCAAACCUGCUACAUGUGACACGCAAAUGAAGACCAAGGUAGCUAGUGGAGUGACAUAUACAUUUGCCGGGAUGCAGUAUUACUGCAAGGAUGACGGGAAGUAUGCUGAAGUCAAGAAGGUUGGCAAUUGUGCUAUCCCUUUCAAAUACAAGGGCGUGUGGUACAGUGGAUGCAUCGAUUCAAAACCAUGGUGUUCAAAGGACCACGUCUACACCAAAAACUGGGAAUAUUGUUGAACCCGAACAUAUCGACUAACUUUUCGCAUGGUCUUAGAACCAUUGUACUCCAAUAUGCUACACAAAACUACUAAAAACGCUAUCAACUCUAAAUCUUUCGAUAAUAGUGGAACUUUCUCUUGAUUUUCCGAUGUAAAGAGAAUUGCAUUUUAUUUUACAUCAAUCUUGAUUCUGUGGUUGUAAACAAAGGCGCAUAGUCUUGUCAGGUUCUAAAGAAAUAUUUCAAAGGAUUACUGGUCAGAACACUUUGUAUCCAACUACCAAAGUAAUACUGGUGGAAAAUGUAAUACCAUUGUCUCAUUAAAGACACGCUUUGAGAAUGAAAAAUAUUAAGACAUUAUUGCGAAUAGACGCGACCGACUUUCGCUUACCCGUUUUAGAAUCAGCAGUCAUAGGUGGAAAAUUGAGACGAGGAGGUUUGUUCAACCUAUCAUUCCUCGAGAAAACAGAUUCUGUCAUUUUUGUUCUGCUUCUAAAAAUAUAAACUGUGUUGAAGAUGAAAUCCAUGUUCUUUUAGACUGUCCAAAUUUUCGAAAGGAUAGGGAACUUUUUAUCGAAAAAUCCAUCCCACAGUACCCUUCCGUCAACCUCCUAUCAAAAAAAUUCAUUUACCUAAUGACUGCUGAGGGUGAUUUACUUCAUAACGUUUCAAAGUUUUGUGCAAAUAAUU